AUUGAUUACCUCUGACCAAAGUCAGUCAAUUUUUUUUUGGACGCCAUGUUGUCGAGUUGGAGGACUUUGUCAAAAUCCUUCUCACUUCUUCGUGAUGUUGGCAAGGCAAGCCAACAAGCAGGCUCAAGUGUUGGCUCAAGAUGUUUUCAUCGUGCUGCAGUUCCACUCCUUUCAGAUAAGCUCUUUGUGCAUCGGGACACUCCAGAGAAUAAUGCUGAUACUCCAUUUGAACUUAAUCAGAAAAACUUAGAGAGAGCUAAAGUAAUCAUGGAGAACUACCCUGCCGGACACAAGGCAGCGGCUGUUAUACCCAUACUGGACCUUGCACAGAGACAGCAUGGUUGGGUACCAAUAUCAGCAAUGAACUAUGUUGCUGAUUUGUUGGAGAUGCCAAGAAUGAGAGUGUAUGAAGUGGUAACAUUUUACACCAUGUUUAACAGGGAGCCUGUUGGAAAAUACCACAUCCAGGUGUGCACAACAACACCCUGUCAACUGAGAGAUUCUGACAUGGUUGUGGAUGUUAUUUCCAAGAAAUUAGGAAUCAAGAUGGGUGAAACGACUAAAGACGGCAUGUUUACUCUGACAUCAGUGGAGUGUCUUGGAGCUUGUGUUAAUGCCCCAAUGAUGCAGAUUAACGAUAACUACUAUGAGGAUCUCUCCGCCGAGGACACACAAGAAAUUCUUGAUGACCUCAUCGCUGGAAGAACUCCAAAAGCAGGGCCCAGGAGUGGGCGAUUUUCCUGUGAGCCCGCCGGAGGCCUGACGACGCUGACUGAACCACCAAAAGGACCAGGCUUUGGAGUACGAGCAGACCUUUGAACCCUUUAAAUGCUCAUGCGAUUUUAUCGAGCUGUGUAAAAUAGAUUUCGAGUUGAAAGCUCGUGUAUAUGUAAUCCUGUGACAUGCUGUUUGUGAUCACAUCUGACCAAUAAAUGUAAGAUUUUAUUUUA